GCUUUAGCUUGGCACAGAAACCCUUUGGAGCAACGUAUGUCUGGAGCAGCAUUAUCAAUGCACUUCAAACUCAAGUGGAAGUGAAAAAGCGUCGCCAGAACCUGAAGUGCUACCACGACUGUUUCAUCGGUUCGGACGCGGUGGAUGUUGUCUUUGCCCAUCUCCUACAGAACAAGUAUUUUGGGGAUGUUGAUAUCUCCCGUGUUAAAAUAGUGCGCGUGUGCCAAGCCCUGAUGGAUUACAAAGUAUUUGAGGCUGUUUCAACUAGGGUCUUUGGAAAAGACAAACGGUCUGUGUUUGAAGACAGUAGCAGUAGCCUCUACAGAUUCACAAAUGUCUCAAACCAAACAGAACUUGAUAAAGAUUACCAGCAGUGUACACCGCAAAGGCAUGAGAAGAGCAUGUUGUUUCACCCUACUCCUGUCAAACCAGAAAAUUUGGAGGAUCUCUGGGAAAACCUGAGUUUAAAGCCUGCGAACACCCCUCAAGUAAAUAUCUCGGAUAGUUUGUCCCGUCAAGUUAUUAAUGAAGUAUGGAGAGAACAAACAAUUGCUCGACUCCUGCAGCUUGUAGACCUUCCGCUCCUUGAGUCUUUGCUUGAGCACCAAGAGCUCAGACCUCAGCUUCCACAGCCACGGAAGGGAGCUGGAUACGUCAUCACAAGUAACUACCUAGACAGAGAGAUCCUCAAGGCUUUCAGUGACUCACAAACAGACGAAUGGCUCUCAGCAGCAAUAGAUUGCUUGGAAUACCUUCCAGAUCAUAUGGUGGUAGAUAUUAGCAGGAACUUGCCUGAUCAACCAGAUAAAGCAGACACAUGGAAACUACUGCUGUUUGAAAAUAUUGGAAGAUACUAUGGCCAAAAAAAGGAGCCGCUGUUAAGCCAUGCACCUGAAAUUCAUUCAGGAAUUGCAGAACUGUUAGUGAAUGGGAAGAUGGAGCAAUCUUUAGAAGCUGUUCAACUCUAUUUGAAACUUCUAGACAGCCAAGCCAGGGAGGAGUUCAGGAGACUACUGUACUUCAUGGCUGUUGCAGCACAUAAUUCUGAGCUCAAACUGCAGAAGGAGAACCAAUUGAAAAUGUCUCGGAAUCCUGACAAGCCACACUCAAGUGAAGAAAAGUUGAGUGGUUUGGAGGAUGGUCAAGAGGAGAGCUUGGACAUCCCAGAUCAAUCUGUCAGAAAAAGAAUACGACAGAGCGCGCCAGGGUCCCACAGAGAUGAUACGCCAAAGUCGAGUCCUCCUCGGCCUGUGUCAAUAGAAGAGCUCAUGGAGACAGCCAAGGGAGUAACCAACAUGGCCUUAGCACACGAAAUUAUCGUUAAUGGAGACUUCCAGAUAAAACCAGCUGAAUUACCAGAGCACAGCUUAGAAAAAAAAGUAAGAGAUAUUGUGCAUAAAGCUUUCUGGGACUGUCUGGAAGCUCAGCUAAAGGAAGAUCCACCGAUAUAUGACCAUGCAAUUAAACUAUUGGGAGAAAUUAAAGAGAAUCUCCUGUCGUUCUUGUUGCCUGGUCAUACUAGACUGAGAAGCCAGAUUACAGAAGUUCUUGAUCUGGAUUUGAUAAAACAGGAGGCAGAGAAUGGGGCCCUUGACAUUUCUAAGUUGGUCGAGUUCGUUAUUGGGAUGAUGGGGACUCUCUGUGCUCCAGCUCGAGACGAAGAAAUUAAGAAACUGAAAGAUAUUAAUGAAAUAGUUCCUCUGUUCAGAGCCAUUUUCUCUGUAUUAGACCUAAUGAAAAUGGAUAUGGCAAACUUCGCUGUCAGUAGUAUUAGGCCAAAAUUAAUGCAGCAGUCUGCUGAAUAUGAAAGAAAGAAGUUUCAGGAGUUUCUUGAGAAACAGCCAAAUUCUUUAGACCUUGUCACACAGUGGUUGCAAGAAGCAGCAGAUGAUCUUGUGAAGCUGAGAUGUAAAAGGCUGCCUCCCCCCUGUAGUAGUGAUGGUGCCACUGGUGGAGCUACCGCCUUGUGCUCCACCGCUGUACAAAAUCAGGCCUACCUGAAGCUCCUGAAGUGGGAUCAUGUAAACAGGCCUUUUCCAGAAACGGUGCUGAUGGACCAGUCCCGCUUCCAGGAAAUACAGCUGGAGCUGGAGCAGCUCCUGGUGACUGGGACAGUCCUCCUGGUCACCUUCAGCGCCGCGGGCUCCGCGCUCGGUGACGUGCCUGGAUUUGCUGAGAAGAUCAAAACCAUCGUCAAGGUGCUGCUGACAGGAAUGCAUCUGCCCUCCUUUAACCUGAAGGAAUCUCUGGCCACCAUCGGUGAAAAGGUGUGUGCUGAAGCCAACAGCUGCCUGUCCCAGCACGGCUUUACACCCUUCUCAGCCGAGAGAGAGACUGUACUUAAAGGACAGAUCCAAGCAGUGGCCAACCCAGAUAACACCAUUUGCAAGCUCAUAGAUUCUCGAAUUCAGAAGUUUCUGGAGAACUGUCUGGCGUCUCCUCACCAGAAGUCAUCUCCUGCCGUUCCCGGAGGAUUAGGCCCCAUUCAAAGGGAGCUGGAAGAAAUUGCUGUCAAGUAUGUUCGUCUUGUCAACUACAACAAAAUGGUCUUCAGCCCUUACUACGACACAGUUCUUGGCAAAAUACUGGCUGAGGAAGAAUCCCAACUUGCAGGGAAGGCAGAAGAACCGUAAAACCCCUUUGUGUGCUGCCGACACGGUAUUAACUUUGGGGGCUACUUUGAAAAAUCGCACCAAUCUUUGUGUAGGAAAACAGCUUUCCCUGUAAAUACCAGUUCCUUUUAAUGCACUGGUGGUGAGUGAGGAGAAAAAUAGAGGAGAUGCAGAAGGGGUUCCGAGGUAAAUGGGGAGAGAGAGAUGCGUUUCCAGUGUAAGUGUGCAACCCGGGGGGGUGUCACGGUAGUUUUCUGGCUGCAAUUUAUAGAUAUUUUUCAGCUGAUGGUAGAGAGGACAAGGUUAAAAACUAAACUUUGUAUUUAAGUGGCUCAUUUUAGGGCAUUUUACUCUAAUUUACCGUGAAUUUAGUUUAAUUAGUCCAGAGCAGGUUAGCAACAGUUCUUCCCAGAAGGGGUGAUUUGGCUUUAAAAAAAUCUUACCUUAAAGACUUCAGAAGUGAGCUAAAAUUCUAGAUAAGAGAAACUUUAACAGGCAAAAAAUCAAAGCCAAACAGCACUUUAUUGUAACAUUAUGGUUGGCGUGGCAGCCUACUAGGUUUUUCUGCAUUUUACUGCGUUUUUAAUAGCAUUUUUUUGCUGUUUACCUGCAGAUGUUACAAAACACAUAAUAUAUUUUUGUAGCAAAUUUUCUGGUUAUUGGGUAACUGUCCUCUGCUAUGUACAGUACUUCCAAAGGUGGCAAUCUUAUAGAUUGCAGCUGUAUUUAUCUCUUGUAAAGACUUCAGAAGGGCAGAGCUAAAAUGUUUUGAUAAAAAGUUGCAUUUCUUACCUUUUUUUGCUAGUCGUUUCCUCCUUUUUACGUGAAAUACUAAUUUUCAAGUAAAUCCUCUGUCAUUUGCAGAAGGUGGAUUUAAAGCGUGUGAAACUUUAGGCUGAAGAUUUUACUUGUUUUGUAAACCUACAACUGAAGAUGGUUGCAUAUUCAAUCACAUCUUCAAAAAUCUCCAGGAAGUAUGAGUGACUUUAAUAUACUGGGAGAAGUGAAUGAUUUAAUGUUAGUUUAAAUACACAGGGAAUAUUUUCAGUAGAAGAUGUUUUUUGCUUUGUAGAAAUGUUCUUGUAACUUGAAAUAUUUGUAGGUCUUGAAUUUAAUUAGCUAUGUGUUGUAUAAAUGAGUGUUCACAGGAGAGUUCAAUGAUCAAUCAGAUCCUGGGCUGCAUCAAGAGCAGGUGGCCAGCAGGGCCAGGGAGGUGAUUCUGCCCCUCUAUUCUGCUCUGCUGAGAUCCCACCUGGAGUACUGGGUCCACAUCUGGGGCCCCCAACACAGG